AUCAACUUUGUAGCCUGUCAACUGUUUGCACUUUUGGCUGCAUUUUGGUUUCGUAUUUACUUGGGUCCCAGUCAUGCCAGCUCCGCUGUUCGCCAUGCAUUUGCCACGCUCUUUGGAAUAUACUUUGCUGUCUUCUGCUUUGGGUGGUAUUCCAUUCAUCUUUUUGUCCUGGUGAUGAUGAACUAUGGUAUUAUGAAUAUGGCGAGUAUCCCCAACGUCCACAGGUACUCCUUUGUCGUAGCUAUGGGAUACCUCACGUUGUGCCACGUAAGCCGAAUAUACAUAUUUCAUUAUGGUAUUCUCACUACAGAUUUUUCCGGAGGAUUAUGCUGUCCACUGAUGAUAAUUACACAGAAGAUCACAACACUUGCGUGCCAGUUACAUGAUGGGAUAGGGCGACAAGCUGAGGAACUCACUGCUGAGCAGAAUCGGCUUGCUGUAAAGACAAGACCUUCUUUACUGGAGUAUUUAAGCUAUCUCCUCAAUUUUAUGAGCAUCAUAGCUGGGCCUUGCAGCAAUUACAAGGAUUAUAUCGCCUUCAUUGAAGGGAGGCACGUGCACAUGAAGCUGCUAGAAGUGAACUGGAAGCAGAAGGGUUAUGACAGACUUCCUGAUCCUUCUCCAACUGGAGCAGUGAUGUACAAGCUGUGUAUCACACUAGUAUAUCUCAUUUUAUUCUUGACACUUACCAAGAACUUUCCUAUGGCAUAUAUUAUUGAUAAUGAAUUUCUUGAUAAAACACCCUUCUUGUCAAGACUUGGUUACCUGUAUGUCGUAACACAGGCAGCAAAACCAAAGUAUUACUUUGCAUGGACGUUAGCUGAUGCAGUCAACAAUGCAGCUGGUUAUGGAUUCAGUGGAGUUGAUGAGAGGGGCACUUUCCGCUGGGACCUGUUGUCCAAUUUAAAUAUCUGGAACAUUGAGACUGCAACGAGUUUUAAAAUGUACAUUGAAAACUGGAACAUUCAGACAGCUGCCUGGUUAAAACGCGUUUGCUACGACAGAGCUCCCUGGUACCCUACGGCUUUAACGUUUAUCCUGUCGGCCCUGUGGCAUGGUAUCUAUCCUGGAUAUUAUUUUACGUUUCUCACUGGAAUCCUUAUCACACUGGCAGCCAGAGCAAUAAGAAACAACUGCAGACAUUACUUCCUCUCGUCCGUGCCUCUCAAGAUAGCCUACGACGUUGUCACCUGGGCUGUCACUCAGCUGGCCGUGUGCUAUACUGUGGCACCAUUUGUUAUGCUGGCUGUUGAGCCCACCAUUAAAUUUUACAAGUCUAUGUAUUUUCACAUGCACAUUCUAAGCAUCCUGGUGUUGCUUGUGUUACCGGUCAGACCUCAAGCCCACUCUGUAAGAAAGCUUCAGAAUCAGGCCGUGCAGAACUCUGUUAAAAGCAAAGACAAAUGA